AUGUUGUCAGGUGAGGCUCCCCCCACCGAAAGGAGUCCCUUUGUCUUUGUUCCUAAGGAUUUCAAGUUUCGCAUCUCCUUGCAUAUUAAUCAUCAUGCUUCACGUACCAAUGCGGGAAACCCCCAGGCUUCCACCAAGGCUGUGAUCUUGGUCGGUGGCCCCUCAAGAGGCACUCGGUUCCGCCCAUUGUCGCUCGAUGUGCCUAAGGUAAUGCACGCUCUCUUGAUCCCCCUAUUCGAAGUCGCCGGCCACCCCAUCAUCCACCACUGUCUAAAGGCGGUGGCAAAGGUCCCCGAUGUUCGCGAAGUGAUUUUGGUCGGAUACUACGACGAGACUGUGUUCCGGGACUUCAUCAAGGAUGCCUCGAAGGAAUACCCCCAGCUCCGCAUCAUCUACUUGCGAGAGUACACAGCGUUGGGCACUGCAGGUGGGCUGUACCACUUCCGUGAUGCGAUCCUCAAGGGCAAGCCCGAGCGCUUGCUCGUGCUGAAUGCCGAUGUCUGCUGUUCAUUCCCGCUUGGCGAGAUGGAGCGCCUGUUCGAUGAGAAGGACGCCGAGGCUGUGAUCUUGGGUACACGAGUGUCGAAUGAGACCGCAACGAAUUUCGGAUGCAUCGUGUCCGACUCGCACACCAAGCGUGUGCUGCACUACGUCGAGAAGCCCGAAUCGCACAUCUCCAACCUGAUCAACUGCGGUGUCUACCUCUUCGCCACCGAGUGCAUCUUCCCCGCCAUCCGCAGCGCCAUCAAGCGCCGCACCACCCGUCCCCGCCUCCUCUCCUAUCCCUCCUCCGACAACUUGGAGGCCUCCUUCAUCGCUGCCGGAGACGACGAGGACGCCGAGAAGACCUCGGUCCUCCGUCUGGAGCAAGAUAUCCUUUCUGACUUGGCCGACAGCAACCGCUUCUUUGUCCACGAGACCAAGGACUUCUGGCGCCAGAUCAAGACCGCUGGUUCUGCUGUGCCCGCCAACGCUCUCUACCUCCAGAAGGCAUUCCAGGCCGAGUCGCCUGAACUCACUCCCCCUCUGCCACCAUCGUGCCUCCGGUCUACAUCCACCCCACUGCCUCCGUCGACCCCACCGCCAAGCUUGGCCCGAACGUCUCGAUCGGCCCACGUGUUGUGGUCGGUGCUGGCGCCCGUGUGA